AUGACCGAAAUCGACAAGAUCGGCCGCUUCAUCGAGGCGAUGAAGACAGUGUACGGCCCAUUUGACCAAGUAUCAAAUGACGAGGCACCUGGCUGGAGUUUUCCUGACGAUCCUGGAGCUGGAGGCCAUCGCGGUAGGUAUCUCUGGACGGACGCUUUUGGAGUUGUCAACUUCAUCACGCUGUUUAAGGAAACAGCCAAGCCCAAGUAUCUGACGCUAGCUAAGCGGCUGGUCACAACUGUUCACGAUGUCCUUGGCCGAACAAGAGAUGGACAAAAAAGACUUGAUGGUGCUACGGACGAGGAACCUCUGAGAGGGGGGUUGAGAAUCGGGAAACUGGAUGCCAAGGGUCAUGAUGGCGAUGGACAGUAUCAUCAUUACCUUACGCUGUGGAUGUUUGCACUGAAUCGUCUCUCCAUUGCUGCGGGCGAGACCGAGUAUAAUGAUUUGGCUAUACAGCUGGCGAGGUCGAUUCAUCCGCGCUUUCUCAUGCAUUGCCUCUCUGGCGAUUUGCGAAUGGUGUGGAAGAUUUCCACCGAUAUGAAGAGUGUGCUUGUCCAGUCAGAAGGCCACCUCGAUGCAGCGACGGGAUACGUUGUCUAUAAGCUACUCCAGAGCACAGCCGCGAAACAAGGCCAUCGAAAUGGCGUUCUGUCUCAAGAAGUCAGCGAUUACUGGAACCUCAUGACGCGAAAAGGCAGCCUGUCUCCCGGAAACGACUUUUUAGACUUGGGAAUGGGCCUUUGGAUGUGCCAUAUCUGGGCAGACGAGCCGUGGGCUGCGAAACUCUCAGGCAAGGCUCUAGUCAGAGUCGAAGAGCUGCUCGGUGAGGAUUCGCCAGUGAUGCAGCGAAGUGCAUCCCACAGACUGGCCUUUCGCGAGUUUGGCACCUGCGUUGGCGUUGCGUGCUGGGACGUCAGUGAUUAUUUGGAGACUCGGGUGGCGGCUCUUGUGAGAUUCUGGGAUGGGCAUUUGGAUAGUAGACAUACGGAGGAUGAACUUAAGCCGAUAUCGCGGGUUAUGUAUGCGACGGCUUUGAACGCGGGAGUAGCACGGCCACGGUGA